UUUUCUGCAGAGAAGACAGAGAUGGCAGAGAACCAGAGCAAUGGAAAAGGGAGUCUGAAGACUUUUGAUGCUCACGUUCCAGAGAUCAAGUUCACCAAGCUCUUCAUCAAUGGCGAGUUCGUCGACUCUGUCAAAGGGAGGACCUUCGAGACGAUAGAUCCAAGAAAUGGACAAGUGACGGCAAGAGUUGCGGAGGGAGACAAAGAGGACGUGGACUUGGCUGUGAAAGCCGCCCGCCAAGCAUUUGACCAUGGCCCUUGGCCACGGAUGCCCGGCUACCAAAGAGGAAGGAUCAUGUCGAAAUUCUCAGACUUGAUCGAAGAGAACAUAGAAGAACUGGCUGCUCUAGACGCUAUCGAUGCCGGGAAGAUAUUCAGCAUCGGCAAGGCCAUGGACAUCCCUCACGCUGCCACAUUGCUCAGGUACUAUGCCGGCGCAGCGGACAAGAUCCAUGGCGAGGUACUGAAGAUGUCGCGUGAGCUUCAUGGGUACACGCUGCGGGAGCCGGUCGGCGUGGUCGGGCACAUCAUCCCUUGGAACUUCCCGACCACCAUGUUCUUUAUGAAGGUCGCCCCGGCACUAGCGGCUGGUUGCACGAUGGUCCUGAAGCCCGCUGAGCAAACCCCUCUAUCGGCUCUCUUUUAUGCUCAUUUGGCUAAGAAGGCUGGUGUUCCCGAUGGAGUGAUUAAUGUUGUAACCGGUUUUGGAUCGACGGCCGGUGCGGCGAUAAGUAGUCAUAUGGACAUUGAUAUGGUUAGUUUUACGGGGUCUACAGAAGUGGGACGCAUCGUGAUGCAGGCCGCGGCAACGAGCAAUUUGAAGCAUGUGUCACUCGAAUUGGGCGGGAAAUCGCCUCUCAUAAUCUUUGAUGAUGCCGAUUUAGAUACUGCUACCGAUCUUGCUCUAACUGGUAUCCUCUUUAACAAGGGAGAAAUAUGCGUUGCGGGCUCUCGUGUCUAUGUUCAGGAAGGGAUCUAUGAAGAGUUUGAGAAGAAGCUAGUCGCGAAGGCGAAGGCUUGGUUGGUCGGCGAUCCGUUUGACCCGAAUGUCCGUCAAGGACCGCAGGUCGACAAGAAACAGUUUGAGAGGAUACUUUCUUACAUUGAGCAUGGAAAGAGAGAAGGAGCGACGCUUUUGACCGGCGGCGAGCGUCUGGGCACCAAAGGGUACUACAUUCAGCCAACAAUCUUCACAAAUGUUAAGGAGGACAACGUGAUCGUGAAGGACGAGAUUUUCGGCCCCGUCAUGUCGCUCAUGAAAUUCAAGACUGUGGAGGAGGCGAUCAAGAGGGCCAACGAUACGAGGUACGGUCUAGCUGCGGGGGUUCUGACGAAGAACAUAGAUCUGGCGAACACGGUCUCGAGGUCAAUCCGAGCGGGCGUGAUUUGGAUAAACUGCUACUUUGCGUUCGACAACGAUUGUCCUUACGGUGGCUACAAGAUGAGUGGCUUCGGGAGAGACUUCGGCUUGGAUGCUCUCCACAAAUACCUACAUGUCAAAUCUGUUGUGACCCCGAUUUACAAUUCUCCCUGGCUUUGAGAGAACACUGGAGGGAAAAGAACUUUGCAUCAUGCGGUGACUCAAAUAAUGUUGUAAUUCAGAAUUACGAGUUUAAUUUUACAACAAACAGAAUUCACACGAUGUUAAGGGUUUCUA